AUGACGGAAUGGAUUCUACCGUAUGAGUGUGUUUGCAGACGACAAGAGCAGUACCUGCAGCAGAUCAAAGACCUCCGCCAACAGUUUCAACAUCAAAAUGGCGACAAAAGACAACUCUCCAGGUGCGGCAAUGCAGGACAAUCUGGCACCCAAACCGGUCCUUUCUGGGGACCCCCACCAUCUCCAUCGACUAAGCCGAACGUCAUAAUUCCGGAUACGGUGUGUAUUCUGUACCCUACGAAGACACAGAAGCAUAGCAGUGUCUGCAAAGAUAGUAUACAAGCAUCGGAUACAGUUAUGAUAGAUGCUACUGACUACCCCACGACACAAAAGUCUGGUCUUAAGAAUCAGGUUUCACUGCCGGCAGUGGUACCACAACGUUUGGGGAUUGAUAGACACAAGACCGACUAUGAACCUAUUGAGCAUAUCGCCAGGAGAAAUAAGCUGAACUUUAGUAAAUAUUUCAGAGAUGGCCAGACGUGGGCACAAUGUUCGUCCAGUGAGACUGGUACUGCUAUAUCAGAUAUUAAUAUGUAG